CGUGCAAUAUUUUAAGAUAAGAUAUUGCAAGGAUGAGCGAAAAUAUUAAAUUUAUCGUAGCAGAAGUUAAUAAAUUGUUAGAAAAAAAUUACAAUUUGAUUGGUUUUAGUGCUUUGAAUCCUGAGGACUUAUUACAGAUCUUAAGCGAUGUAUUAAUAAAAAUACAACAACAAGAUGCACCAAAAAUCGAUAUUAAAACUGAAACCCCUGAACAGAGUUCAGUACGUAUUCUUUCUGCUCUUCGUAUACUUAAAUAUCAACCGAAUUCUGAUCCAGCGACUUUUCGACAAGGAAUCGUUCGAGGUGAUUCUGAAACAAUAUAUGCAAUUUUAACAUGGUUAUUAACUCAUAAAGAUAUAGUUCGUCAAAGAGCUUAUUUGGCACGUUUUCUUGUUAAGAUCGAAAUUCCAUCAGAUUAUUUAGGAGAUCCAGAAAUAGCAGCACUGUACGAACAAUAUUCGAAUAUGGUUAAUCAAUUUAAAACUGUUCACAAAGAAAGAGAGAUCGGUAAAAAGAAUUUUGAGAUUGCUGCUGAAUUUACAGAAGAUCUCAAAGCAAUGGAAAAAGAAAAAGAGGCAGUUUUGCAGCGUAUCGAGAAGAUGAAAGUUAAAGCUCAACCUGCAUUUUAUCUUUUGGAUGCAGCUCGUGCCUUACGUAUGGAAAAAGAUCGAGAACGUGAUCUUGCUUUACAGAAAGAACAAGAAAGCAAGAUAAUGUCUGGUUUACAAAUAUCCUUUCAAGGAAUAGAACGUGAGUUGCAAACAUUAAAACGAACUAGUGAGGAAAUAACACCUCAAACAUUAAUACAACAUCUAACGGACGAAGUGACCGUACAGACUGCCAUAAUGAAAGAGAAGUUAGCUUAUGAAAUUGAGAUGAAAAAAAAACGAAUAGCUGCUCUUAUGUCAGUACGAGGAUAUUCUUAUUUAGGACCAGAUCAAAUAACAACUUUAAGGAACAAAUUAGACUUAAUAACAAAAGAAAUUCAAGGUUUAGUCGAAACAAAGAUCACUAAAACUGAUAAUGAUAAAAUGGAACCAUUUCGUCAACAAGCAACAACAAUAUCAAAUAUGAAACGAAAUGUACUCGAACGAUUAGAGAAUACAAAUGAUCGUUUGAAAGAAUUACAAACGAAACUGGAAGAGAAAAGAGAACAAUCGAAAAUCUUCAUGGAAGAGAUGGCACCUAAGGGAGAAGAUUUGAAAAAAUAUGUAGCUCAUUUAAAAAUCAAAAGUAUAUCGUACAAACGUUACAGGGCAGAAUUGACGGCGUUGAAAGCUGAAGUUGGAGUAUUGCAACGAACGGCCGUUAUUCUUAGAGCACAGGCAGCGUUAAUAGAUCAAGGAAAUAAAAAUUUAGAUUUAGGAAAGCAAUCGAUUCCUGAUAGUUAUACACCGGCCAAUGCAUUUUCAACAAAUGUGCAAUUAUUCAAAAUGAUAUCUGCACUACGUGCUAAACUCCUACCUUUAUUAAAUGAAACUCAGACGUUACGACAAAAGUCUCGUGACUUGGAGGAACGUUAUAGGAAAGCUAACACAGUUCAGUCGACUUUAGAAACAGUUAUCGGAAGUCCAACAGGAAAUGUAUUAUUUGAAAUAAAUCAAUUAAAAGAGAAGAUAGCAAAGGAUAAAGAAGAAAAAGAAAGGCUCAAAGAAGCAUUAUCCAAAAUGAAAAUUUUGGAACAAAGAAUACAAAAAGAAAUGGAUGCAUCGUCAAGUUCUGAUAAUAGCCGAAGUUUAAAAGAUGAGUUCAGCGAUUCGAUUGCGGUCGAAGAAGAAAUUAUGAAAAAUUUAAAACUUCAAAAAGAAAAUCUUGAAAAAGAUGCUAGUAAAAAUGAAAAACAAACACAACAAUGGAAUCAAAUUGCAGCAAUAUUCACUUGCAAAAUUCAAUGUGCAGAAGAUAGUAAACAUAAUAAUGGGAUUGUAGUACGCAGAGGAGGAGCUGAAACUCUUGUAUUGCAAUAAUAAAAUUUUAAUUUGCAUAACUAUAUGUAAUAUUGUAUUUCGAAAAAGGAAAUAUAUUAUUUUUUAUUUUAA